AUGUCGUCGCAAGGAAAGGCCAACGAGGCGCCAGCCAAAGACAUGGCCCAAUCAAUCGACUCUCACCAACGCGAUGAAGUCCUCGAGUUGACAAAAGCUCAAUCGAAGCGUCUUCUCCUCAAGACAGAUCUAGUAGUCAUGCCACUCGCGGUUCUCAGCAUGACUCUCGCCUUCCUAGACAAGAACGCCUUAGGAUACGCCGCCAUCUUCGGCAUAAAAGAAGACGCGAACCUCAAACCCCAAGAAUACAGCUGGCUAAGCAGCAUCUUCUACUUCGGUUACCUCGCCAUGGAAUUUCCCAGCUUAUGGCUGAUGACCAAGAUCCCCAUCGGAAAAUACGUCGGUACAUGUCUCGUACUCUGGGGCGCUUGUUUAUGCUUCAUGGCUCUCUGCCACAAUUUUGCUGGUCUUGCAACAAUUCGAUUCCUGCUCGGUGUUUUUGAAGCUGCAGUUUUGCCUUGUAUGAUGAUCAUUAAUUCGAUGUGGUAUUUGAGGAAUGAGCAGCCGCUUAGGACGGCGUUUUGGUAUAAUACUUUUGCGGGUGUUUUUGGAGGCAUUUUGUCUUACGCCAUUGGACAGAUCAAUGGUUCUUUGUCGACAUGGAAGUACAUCUUUCUCAUCUACGGAGCAUGCACUAUCCUCGCAGGUGGUCUCGUCUUCUUCGGUCUACCAGACACUCCCUCCAAAGCAUGGUUCUUUACCGCUGAGGAGAAAAAGCUCGCAAUGAUUCGUCUUGCACCGAACCAGACUGGAGUAGAGUCAAAGAAGAAAUUCCAAACGUCCCAGAUCCUCGAAUCCCUCCGCGAUCCAAAAUGCUACUGCAUCUGGCUCGGCGUCUUCGGCUACGCAAUCGCCAACGCAGGAAUAACAAACUUCAACCCUCUCAUCAUCGCAGGCUACGGUUUCAGCAAGACGAAGACCGUGCUCAUGGCCACUCCUCAAGCCGCAGUUGCGAUGAUCAGCCAAGCCAUCCUGACCACAAUUUCAUUCUUCAUUCCCAACCUGCGAUGCGUCUUUUGGAUCUUCGGUGCUCUUAUGGGUCUUGUAGGAGCUGUCAUGGUCCAUUCACUUGAUGUUGAGACGUCGAGGAAUGCUUCGCUUGCUGGUGUUUAUUUAAUGGGUUUUUAUAAUGUCCCUUGGGUUUUCUUGUUGAGUUUGAGUUCGUCGAAUACGGCUGGUGCGACGAAAAAGAGUUUUAUGGGUGUUUCUAUUGCCAUCGUCUACGCCGUUGGCAAUAUUAUCGGACCUCAAUUCUUCCUCGACAGACAAGCACCUACCUACAUCCUCGGCAUCGGCGCCAUGCUCUGUGCUUUUGCGCUAAUGGUAGCUACUGGACUCGCUUACUACUUCCUCUGUGCCAUUGAGAAUAAGAAGCGGGACAGUCAAUUUGGAAAGGCUCAUGAUGAUACUGAUGCUGGAUUGGAGGCGGAGAGGAGCGAUAAGACGGAUUGGCAGAACCCCAACUUCCGAUAUACUUACUAG